GAGUUGACACAAUACAGAAGGCAUCUGGAGUUACAGUGAAUGAUGAAGUCAUCAAAGUUUUUAAUGAUAUGAAAGUAAGGAAAUCUUCUACCCAAGAGGAGAUCAAAAAGCGAAAGAAAGCAGUUCUCUUCUGUUUAAGUGAUGACAAAAGACAAAUAAUUGUAGAGGAAGCAAAGCAGAUCUUGGUGGGUGACAUUGGUGAUACUGUAGAGGACCCCUACACAUCUUUUGUGAAGUUGCUACCUCUGAAUGAUUGCCGAUAUGCUUUGUACGAUGCCACAUACGAAACAAAAGAGUCUAAGAAAGAAGACCUAGUAUUUAUAUUCUGGUGUGCUCCUGAAAGUGCACCAUUAAAAAGCAAGAUGAUUUAUGCUAGCUCUAAAGAUGCCAUUAAAAAGAAAUUUACAGGAAUUAAACAUGAGUGGCAAGUAAAUGGCUUGGAUGAUAUUAAGGACCGUUCAACACUUGGAGAGAAACUGGGAGGCAAUGUAGUAGUUUCACUGGAAGGGAAACCCUUAUAAAAAUGACAGUCAAGUGCCAUCUGGAUCUUAAGGGGCUUUCAUUGUUCCAGCUCAGUCCAUUGGAAUAGUAUUAGAGUUUGUUUGUUUGUUUUUUUCCCUUU